UUGUGGCGAAGGAGUCGUAUUUUGAGGUAUAUGUUACGUAAGGAAUUCGGAGUGGUAUGUUUGAAAUUUGUUACUUAACGUGUGAAGCAAGUUUCUUCUUACAUGAGUGGAAUUUGUUCUAAAAUUAUGUUAUGAAAUUCUUUUGACAGACUAAAGUAAUAGUGUGAAAGCGAGUGAAAUUGUUUCUAACACACCAGUCAUUGCACAUGCUGCUUAAGGACUAUCAAUUACGACGGAAGAAACACUGGAAAAUCUCGACGUUUUCACCACCAAAAUCAAAACCGAAGAAUUCUGAAAAAGGUGGGGUGGACGUAGAAGAAGAAAAAUUGUUUCGGCUCUGGUUGCUGCAUGGCUGUACACGGUUUAAUGCAUAAAGCGAUCGCCAUUCAUCGCUGUUUAUUUCCUUGACAACUGUGUAAUGCAUCGAUGGAUCACCGCGUUACUCCACUGCGGUGCAGAGUCAGGCGCACAUCCCUGAAUGAGGCAGAGAGAUGAGCGUGAACGGGGCCGAGCCAGAGAAAGAAGAAGCACUCCGGAGAAGAAUAAUGUCAGGUAAUAGGACUGUGCAGUAACAAAAAUAUUGACCUGGAAAUAAAACAGCCAUUUCACAACUGUGCAAGACGGCGGAUGCCUGUGAAACCAAGACUGCUGUGUCACGACCCGAUGCUUUGGUGAAGCUUUUGUUGGCCCAGAUGGGAGAGGUGUCAGAUCCUGAACAGCAGUAUAGUCUGCGCUGGAAUGACUUCCAUGCCAGCAUCCUGUCAUCCUUCCGUCAUCUGCGUGACGAGGAGGACUUUGUGGAUGUCACAUUGGCGUGUGAUGGUUGUUCCUUCACUGCCCACAAAGUGGUUCUCUCCGCCUGCAGCCCGUACUUCCGAAGACUUCUCAAGGCAAAUCCUUGCCAACAUCCCAUUGUGAUUUUGCGUGAUGUCAAAGAAAAGGACAUGGAAUCACUCUUGCGCUUUAUGUACAACGGUGAAGUGCAUAUUGGCCAGGAGCAGCUGUCUGACUUCCUCAAAACUGCGCAGAUGUUGCAGGUUAGAGGACUUGCUGAUGUCCCCACCAAAGACAACCAAAAAGUUCCACCUACCUCAAAUUCACUUCCCUGGUCACAGUCAGGGGAGUUGAGAGAAAACUUUCCUGAGGAACCUCUUUCACCGCCUCCAAAACGAAGUCGAAAUAAUGAGCAUCGCUUCUCGCCAUCCCCAGCUUCAUCUGCAACCACCACCAACAACAACAAUAACAACAACAACAGUAGUGACCCAUUAAUGAGAGAAACAUUACUAGGACAGGCACUGGAGGGCGGACCAACAAUUCACACAGGCAGCUCCUCUCAUCAGAACAAGGGUAACUCGGACUCUUCACUGCAAGCCCAGUCAACAGGUGAGGAGAGCAACUCUAGCGAUACAAACUCUGAACGAGGAGCAUCCACGUUAGAUUUGAUUAGACCCAAGUUGGAGCCUAAUGAUUACAGCUCGUUGGAUGACAGCCAUCACCAUCAUGGCAAUGGUGGUCUGGGAUUGGAUCCAACACGAACUUCCUUUCCUGCUGCUGCAUUGCUUGGACUUCAGAAUAUUCCGGGAUUGAUUCCUGGACCCUCAGGACUGCAUAACAAUAGUCAAGAUGCCAACUUUGUAUCUCGGCGUGGGCUGGAUAUGAUGAGGGUUCGUGCCACUGAUCCUCGCCCCUGUCCAAAAUGUGGGAAGAUUUACCGAUCGGCGCACACCCUGCGCACACACUUGGAGGACAAGCACACUGUGUGCCCAGGGUAUCGCUGUGUGCUGUGUGGCACUGUCGCAAAAUCUCGCAACUCACUCCAUUCUCACAUGAGCCGACAGCAUCGUGGCAUCAGCACGAAAGAUUUGCCAGUGUUACCAAUGCCAUCACCAUUUGAUCCAGAGCUAGCAUCACGGCUCCUGGCAAAGGCAGGUGUCAAGGUUUCAGCUGCUGAGCUGCGUGCUCGAGCAUCACCCACAGGUCCUCGCCGCCCUGAUGUGCGCCUAGAGGUAAAGUCCAACCAUAUAGGUGCACCAUCAGAAGCUGGCAGCAGCCUGUAUGGUGGUGAUGAUCCUGAGGACCUCACAGUUGCCAACUCAAGGUUUGGUCCCCUGUCUUCACCACCACCCACCGUCCACAAUUCUGCUGCUGUCAUCACCAAGGUAGGUUCCAAACAUCACCAUGGAAUCUCGGCCAUCUCUGCUGCCAAGUCCAUAGAUUCGAUUGCACAGAGUCUGGUGGUGGGUGGUGGUAGCAGAAUGGGAGACUCAAACCGUGUACCACCUCCACCACCACCUCUCCCUGCUCCAACAGGAUCCUGUAUGGGGAGUGCCAUCCUGGACACAUACCUACAGCUUAUUGUAGAAAAUUCCAACAGUUUAGCGCUUGGUUUGAGUGGCAAGCAUGCAGCGGCUGCAAAUGCUGCCCAGGUUGCAGGAGCAUCUGCUGCAAUGAUUGAGGGAGAUGGCAGUAAGCUGAGAGAGAGGGAGGAAGAGGAUGGGAUUGAAGAAGACAGAGAUAGAGUUGCAGACGAAGCAGAUCUGGAGUCUUCGGCAGGAGAAGAGGAGGAUGAAUACAGUGACGAGGAGCAGGAAGUUAUCAAGGCUGAGUGAAAAUAUUUUGCUCUUUGGCCGAGCCGUACAUGAAUUCCAUCCAACUACCUCACAUUUGGAAUUGUAGCCCAUAUUAAAAAAGGUUCCAUUCCAAGAAGGAACAAACCCUUAGCCAAGUAAUUCAUGCCAAAAGGAAACAAAAGCAGGAGGUAAAUGAUUUGUUUGAACAGAUUGUCUUCCUGUGCUUUUCCUAAUUUCUCUAAUUUAUUUGUUUUUAACAAUACAGGCUUCUUUAUGAGAAUGUUUGGUAAUGUGGGAAGAAGAGAAAAAAGCGUAUAACUUAUAUGACUGACUAAAAUUCCAUCCUUCUACCUCAAAUCAGUUAUGUUGAAAUAUCAGAAGGGAUUUCCUCCCUUUCAUUCACUAGGUGAAUUUUAACAUGAGAAUGUGUAAAACAGUCUCCAUCCAUAACUCCCCACGUGGAGGAACCACAUUUGCAACAAAUCAGGGGUAUGUAUACGGUUAUUAUAAAGAUUGGCUUCUUGUCUUAGGUACUGUAUAUACAUUGUGCUUCAACUCUCAUUGAGGCUGCAGAAGCUGGAAAUUUUAUUAUUGACAUUAGGGUGGAUCCAUCAAAAGGUGGUCAUGCCAUGUAAUUAAGCAUAGGAAUUUUAAAAGUUGUUAUUUGUGAAACUUGGACAUAUGAAUAAGGACACAUUGGUAUAGUAAGGUAUCUAAACGAGUUGACUGAUCGUUAAAGAACCAUAAUAUCCUGUUUAAGUGUUGACAUGUGUACCAGUGUUCUUGGAAGUGUGGGUGAAAUUUACUGCAAGAAUAAUAUAUAUGUGAAUUUUACAAACUCACGUUGCUAACGUGAGAUGUUGUGAGUUAGGUUAGUAAGGGUAAUAAAUCGAUAGACAUCAUAGAUGUCCUAUACCUGCAGCAUAUUAGAACAGUGAAGUUGGCAUUUUAUAAUUGUUUCUCCAUGUGGACUGUUGCUUUAAUAUUGCUUCCAAGGACACUGUUUAAGAGAGCAAAAAAUUAGACCAAAUGUGAUUGUUUGUACUGGUGUUUAUAAUAAUGGAGUCGGCUAACAUUUUACGUGACAUUAUCCUGCAGGGAUCCCAGACAGGUGAACAUUUCAUAAGCAUUGUACAUGACUACUUAAUGUCGGGGGUUUCUGCUCCCAUAUAUAACCAUGUAGCACAGCAGUUGCAGCAGUCCUUCGUAGGAGUACAAUGACAGUUGGGGCUGGACUAUAACAUAGCAGAAUCAUUCCUAAAUGAAAGUCAAAUUAGGAUUUCAGACCAGUUUUUCUUUGUAACUAGCUAGUCUGCAAAUGCUAGCAUAGAUUGAAGUCACUAAACUCACUUUUUUAACUCCCUUCCCCCUCCUAGCAUUGUUUCCCCUUUAUACGGGUAAAUGAAUGAAAAGUUUCCAGUCUCUUCUUUCAUGCCACAAUCUCUCUGUUCAAUUUCUUGCCUACUUGUUUAAUUCAUUUAUGAAUUAAUGAGCUUCAGAAUGUGGAUAGCUGCAUUGUUAGAAGUUAACACGCAUAAUACUGAAAUAUUUUUCAUAAAUGUAGUUGCUGUAGGAUCCUUGUGAUAAGCAAGUAAAUUUUAGUUAAUUACCAGAGUAUGAGCAUAAUAGAAGCUAGAUUAUUUUGCUUUAAACUGGUUUAUGUUCCUCAUAUGAGGAAAAGCUCUUGAUGUAGCUGGACAUUACUCUUUCAGAGCAGAGAAGGGAUAUGGGUGUAUAAUCAGGAGCCAUACAUCUGCAGCUUCGUGCUGUGCAGUGUGUAGUGAUUAGGUGCAUACCGAUAAUACAGGAAAUAUGGCUUCCAAGAAAGCUUAUAGCAGUCUGUUAAUAACUCUGAUACCGGUGGAAUUUUUAACUUACACAUUUGACCUUUCAGACCAUAAAAUGUGGCAAGUAUACAGUGUGUAAAUAGUCUCGGGGUUUUGAGUUUAUAUUAUAACUCUCACGAAGUACAAAGUAUCUGAAAAUAAAUAGUUACUGGUGCUGUUUGUUCUUGGGUACCUCCUCCCACAAGGAAUAUCUGAGCUAGGCACACCAGCAUUUUACCUCAUAGUUCACACAAUUGAUACCUCAGUACAGUAUAUAAUUAUUCAAGCAGAUCUACCAUUGUUGGAGGUUUGCCUUAUUCUCCUCAGGAACAUUUACAUAACUGAAUAAGCCAAGGCAGAUGGACACACAAUCAUAUCAUCCAAGUUGUGCCAUUCUAUUAUUAUUUUUUAUUGUGUAUUAGAAUCGCUAUAAAGUCACAGCAGAACAUUGGAGGAUACUUCUGGUGCCAGAUAUUGUCAUGUGGUCAAGUUUGAAUUUCAUUAAGUGAUAUUAGGAUGAUGUACUUGUAUUCACAAGAACAGGUAUCCCCUGACUUUACCUGAAUUUCCAAUUAAUGUGAUUUCAUAAGUUUUCUUAGAGAGCACUAAAAAGUAUAUUGUUUGUCUAAGAGAGGUAUUCGUAAAUGGUUAAACAAACAAUAUUAAAGUUAAUUGAAUUGCAUAUUUUUCAUGACAAAAACAGUGAAACCAAAGAAGCAAGAAGAAUUUCAAGUUACAUGAUACUGAAUUAUGCAACCACUCUUAGGAAUGCAAAUAUCAUGCCAGUAAGGGGAUAACUGUAUUGAUACUUGUAAGAUUUCAAGCUUUCAUGGCAAAUAAAUGUACUAAAUCUUGUUGAAUGAUCAGCCAUGUUAUUGUUGUGAUGGCACAAUUUCUCUCCCCCUGACACAUGGUGAUAGGAUGGGGCAUUGAUUUGACCAACUGGUGUGAGUGUAUAUGCGCGCGCGUGUGUGUCUGUGUGUCUGUGAUCAGUGUCAAGGUCAUUCAGCACAUUGAUGCUGGUGGUGGAGGAGAUACCUGAAACAUUGGUUUUAAAUUCAGCAUUGACAUGGCUGAUCGCUGGAGAAGAUUCAAUGUAUUGAUACAUUUUACUAUAAUAUAUAAUUGUUUUGGAUAUAGUAAAAUGUAGUUGACAUGACGUGUUGCUGACAAGUAAUGUGACUAAAGAUUCAACAGUAUGAUAUUAGUUGGCACAUGAUUCACACCAAAACUAUAUAUACAUAUAUACAGGCACAUCAUAUGUGUGUGUAUACAUAUAUACUCUGACAUGCAUGAAUAGUGAAGUUGUUCAUGUGAUUAUCUUCCAGUUGGUAUUAUAAUAGGACUAUUACAUAACUUCCAUAAUGCUACUGUGCAGUAGAUCUUCCAUUGUUGGAUGCAACAACUAAACAUAAUUACUCAACGUUUUCAGGUAUUUUUUAUUGUUUUCUUGAUUUCUGUUUUUGAUGCAGAAGUCCACUUCCCAUAGUACUUAUUUUUAUACCUCGCUUAAUGAUAAUGUGGUAGAAGGGUUGGUAUGUGACUUCUCCCAUCUGUUCACGUCAAGCUCUGGGACAAUCAACCCCCGACUAUGAAGUUCAACAUAAAUAGGUUUUAAUAUACAGUGCUAAAUGUAAGUAUGAAGUUAAAUGUUGAAAAAUGAAGCACAGAUAUAUAUUGCAUAAUAAAAUGGUGUGAACAGUCGUAUUAUUAUAAUAUUGCUAUUAUUAUUAUUAUUAUUAUUUAAGAGACAGUAGGUACCAAUCAGAUGGAUUUUUAAGCCAUUUUACCCUUCAAAAUUUAUUGUUAACCCUGUGUUUGGUCAUUGUUUUCAGAUUGUUGUUUUGAGCUUUCAUGAUGAUUUUUUUAUCUAGUUUUGGAAAAUAUGAUAAUGGACGUUUUACUUCCUUUGUGGACCUUGGAAUCCAAUGAAAGGAAAUGUUGAAACAAUCCUGUUUAAUGCUGUUUGAGGAAAGAUUGGCUUUCUAGAGAUUCAUUGCAGUGUGUUAACCACCUGAACACUGUAUGUAAAUAUGCGUCUGAUGUGAACACUAGCGGGUGGAUAUGUGUUAGUUGUUACUGCAGUUUUUGUUAACUUCCCCUGAAGUCAAACAUGACAGUUACAAAAAUAAGAAUAUUAUUCUGAAGUUGUAAUGAGUGUCGUCACGUUAGACAUUAAGGUAAUUAGGCGUGCUUUUUACUGUUCUGUGAAAAAGUAAUGUAAAAAUUACAAAAACAAAGGUGCUUUUUAUCUUCUUUUUUCACCUAUUGCUUGUAUAGUUUCCUUUCCUUUUAAAACAAAUAUAGAUUAAAUUGUAAAUAACAGUACUGAAUUAUAGUCUGAAGAAAAGGUAAACAUUCUUUAGCUAUUUGAAUUUUUAGAUUUGAUUAUAUAUUAGAUAGCUUUGUUGGAAAUUUUCAGGAUUAUAUAUAUAUGAUGAUAGUAGGAGAAAUUGGUACUAACCAAACCAUCAUAUUGUUUUAUCAGUGUGAUAAUUGAUCAUAGCCUCCCGACUGUUUCCCCGUUGAUCCUCUUCGUACUAUGGAGUCAUGUAAGAUUAGCUUGGUUCAGCUACCCUCCAAUUAAACUAGUUAUUUAGUUGUAAUAUAGUAAUAUUAUUGUUCCGUUUGUUGGCUGCUGCGUGGCGUGGUGCAUUACAAAAUAAGACUAUACCGCGCGGUUUGACAGUCGCUCACCGCAUGACACGUAACGUACUGAAGACUCGCUUUCUGUCGUCCACAGAAGCAACAAUACUACUCAUACUACCUCAUUAUAAUGGUUUAUUAUAAAUUAAGUGUCCCCUAGGCAUAAGUGUAUGUUAGUUACUAGGUUAUACAAUAAAAUUCAGCAAGUUGUUGUGCUGUGUAUAUAACUGUAGUACAACAAACAACUACUUAAUGUGUGGCAAGAAUAACAAGAUAUGUUGUUAGUUUUAUAAAUGGAUUUUUUUUUAUUCUUUUUGUAACCAGUGUUGAUGUCUGGGCUGGAUGAUUUGUACUACAUUUCUCGAGUUAAAUGUUGUUAGGAAUGUGGAUAUUAAAAGUCAGCCAGAAUCAGUAUCUGAAUUUUUAUAUUUUGUUUUGUGCAUGUUUGAUUAUCAGUGUAGUACUUUUUUAAAGGAGGAAGAAUUAUUGCAUUUUGUUCUAUGUCAGUUUUCUGGUAUAUUAUUAGAGAUAUAAAACUCAUAAAUUAUGUAUUGAAACAUAAAUAGAAACCUCAACUUUUAUGGUGUAAAUUGUAGAAAGUGAGGUCUGUGUUUUACAUGUUUGCGAGCUUAUUUAAAACGUGAGGAAAAAUAAUGUUUGUACUCAGUGCCAUAUUUACAGAGAAGAAAUUUUGUUUGUUUUUGUUUUCAUUUUUUUUAAUUACCGAGGGCUCGGCAGGCAAAACAAUGUGGUUCCUAAGUGUAGAGUACAGUUCCUCAACAAUGGUAAAGAUGGCAUCAGUGUCCCAUUGAUAGUGGUGAUAAGAACAUAAUGCUAGCUACAGCUAAUAAAAUAUUGGGGCAUGCAUUAUAGACAUAUUAAAUACAAGAAGUUAAGUUUGUUUUAGAGGAUAAUAAAAAUUAAGUUCCAUUUGUUGCAUUGCCAUACUAAGUAUUAAAUUUAAAACUUGUGCCUCUCUUGUAGACAGUAUUCCCUGGGUUAUUUUAGCUGAUUUGUGAUCAAAUUAUCCUCUUUAUAAUUGAAAUCAAAUUAUAGGAAUAAAUGUGUCCUCACAAAUUACCUUUCCUUUGCAUUUUUUUAAAAUUAAUUGUAGUGUGAUAGUCCUGCUUCAGCUUCAGAAUUUUGACACAUGCGUUUGAAGGGAAUUGGGAAUGCUAACUUCCAAGAUAUGUAUGAAUUAUUUUCAUUUAUUGUCUGAUGUCUUGUAAAAAUUAGGUACUCUUUUUUUCAUAUUGGCACUUCAUUACAGGUGACAUGCAUGCCUCAUAUGAUUAGCUGAUUUUUUUGUAAUGUGUUUUACUUUGAGGGCUUCUUUUUCCCUUGUAUGGAGAAGUUAGCUUGUUGUUGAGGGACUUUGUGCCUUCUUUGUACAGCAUGAUAUGAUUAAAAUGAUAUUAGAGCACGUGUCAAAUAGUGUAAAAGGCAGCCGGCACAAAUUUGGUUGGCUGUUUUUUCAGGUGUUCACAGUUCCUAUCUUGCUCCCUAAUAAAGAAAAACUAAUAAAAGAACUUUUUAUAGGUUAGAAUGAGUAGGAGAAAUUACACACAUACACAUUAUUAUGUAUUUUGCUGUAGAAGCAUGAGAAAUGCACACACAGUAGGUGUGAAAAAUCAAGGAAAGAUGCAAUCAAUUUGGUUAUUAGUUUUUUAAACUUUUUUGUGUGGAUAAUUAUUUCUUAUUUUUAGUUGAUCAUUUAUGAUGUUCUUCAGUUUUGUCUCUUAAAGUUAAGAAAGAAUUUCACAACACGGUACCGAGCAUAGUGUAGGGAGAUAUGUAAAUGUAUAUCUCACUGUGGACAGCCACAACCCAUUUAUUUACCUUGCAUCACAUACAUACAGGUCAUUAACUCAGGUAAGAUGUUUUAAUAGGAGCAGUAUUUUUGUUAUGUUUACCCAGUGGUAUUUUAUAUGGUGUCUCUCUCAUACUGGAUGUACAUAGACCGUCCACUCAGAAUAGCGCACUUUCUGGGACUGUCUUCUCAAGGUCAGUCAAUGCAUAAUUAGUGUAUAUGCAUUGUUGCCCUUUAUAGACGUGUCAUAGCAAGAAUCUGUAUCAGACUUCCUCACUGUUGCUAGUCCGUGUUGUGAAGUGGAUAUACACUUACAACUCUUAGAGUUCAGAACCCCCUUGGACACAAUAUGCCAUUCUUCAGAAUCUGUAAUUAAGAAUUAUUAUAUAUGAAUAUGAUAUAUGUAUACAAUGAAUUGUUCUGUGCAUUUACUGUAGCAUUAUUGUUUUUUAGUUGAAUAGUAUAGUAAUCUUCAGCACGUGAAAGAAUCCAG